AUGUGUCAUACUCGUCAUCGCUCAUCACAAUUGACCACUCACCUGAGGGCUGAACGUUCUCACAAAGUGCAAUCUGAAAACAGAGUAGUGUCGUCUCAAUACAUAAUCAACUGGCACGGAAAAUCAGUAAAGAAACUCUCGUCAGGAGUUACGACCCGAAAGAUAAACAUCACAGACUCACCUACUGACUUUGAGAAGCGGGCACUCUACCGAAAUUCUUCCGAACGGCGACCACAAAAUCUGGAAAAUAACACUUUGAAGGCUAGAACAGAACUGGCUUGUUUCAUCAUUGAGGCAUUUCUGGAAUUCUACCUGGUGGCAAGAUUUGUAGAAUGGCGUCACUCUCGUUGGAACAUCCUGGAUGAGUCCACGGCAAAGGGAGGGGAAGCACUGGACUCGAGUUCUGCUCUUACUGGAGCUCAUCAGCAGUGCAUAUCCCUGGCCUUGCCGGGAUCUGAACUCCGCACACCGGGCAUGUGA